AUGAGUUACUACUUCGCCAUUGUCGGCACCCAGGACAACCCUCUAUUCGAGCAUGAGUUUGGCACCUCUAAGCAGGGCGGUGACGGCCAGUCGCGCUUCAGCGAUCAAGUCCGCCACUUGAACCAGUUCAUCCUACAUUCGAGUCUUGACAUCGCAGAGGAGGUCCAGUGGUCGCAUGGACAGAUGUAUCUCAAGUGUAUUGACAAGUUCUUCAACAACUACAUAUCGUGCUUCGUCACCGCCGGCAACGUCAAAUUUCUCCUGCUCCAUCAACCUAUCAUCCCAACCGGAACAUCAUCACGGUCAUCAACUGCCAUCGGGGCUAAUCCCACAAGUCCCGCUACCGAAGAAGCCAUCAAAAUGUUUUUUACGGAAGUUUAUGAGAAUUGGGUCAAGGCUAUCAUGAGUCCCUUCUACCGCGCCAACAUGGAGUACAUCUGA